AUGCGCCACCUCGUCUCAUUGGACAUUGAGGCUUGGGGCAAAAUACUGCUUCCCAGUCUAGUCUGCAGCUGGGAGAAAACACAGCGAUGUCAUUUCUAUCCGCCGCCAAGCUCGGGGCUUCUUUUAUCGAAUUUGCUCACCCGAGAUCUUGAAGCGGUGGUUUUCCAUGAUUUUUCUCUCAGUGAGCUUGGGACAGAUGUGCCCAUCCACGAUGUCACUAUCGCGCAAUACAAACAUGCAAGUAGUUUGCAAGGUCCACAAGAAGCUCUUUCAACCAUUCUCAACGGCGACGCCAAAGGAGCAAUUGAGCCAAGACAGCGACAACGCACAUUCUCUACCGGCGAGGAGUCUAUGCUACGAUCUUUGCAGUUGAAAGAGAGAUUACUUUACACUGUUGACUUCCAGAACAAGGGCUUCAAGCCGAACACCCGAGGGCAUAGCAUCCAAGACACGUUGGCUACGCUGGACGAGCUGCUUUUGAAGUUACCUGAAGACAUGGGCUUCAACAUUGAAAUGAAGUACCCGCGAGUACACGAGGCGAUUGAGGCUGGCGUGGCGCCAGUCACAAUUGACAUCAACACAUUUGUCGACACCGCGCUUGAGAAGCUCGAGAGACUGGCCGGUCGACGACCGAUUAUAUUGUCAUCUUUUACGCCAGAAAUAUGCAUUCUGUUGUCGCUCAAGCAAAGCACCUACCCUGCCAUGUUCAUCACGAAUGCAGGCAAGGUCCCCAUGGCGGAUAAAGAACUUCGUGCAGCCAGUCUUCAGAUGGCCGUCCACUUCGCUCGGCGCUGGAACUUGGACGGAAUUGUUUUGGCUUGCGAGACAUUUGUGCACUGCCCCAGGUUCAUCAAGUUUGUUCAGAACGCUGGUCUGUUGUGUGCCUCCUACGGGCUUCUUAAUAACGAUCCAAACAUCGCAAGACUUCAAGCCGAUGCUGGCAUAGACAUUAUCAUAGCCGAUAGGGUGAAGCUUAUUGCAGAUGAGCUGAAUAAAGAGAUCGCCGAGUAG